AUGGCUCGGGGAAUUCUACUGCGGGUACGGGUGCGGGUAUGGCUAUGGCUAAGGCUAUGACUACAGCUACGGCUACGCAGAAGAGGGCGAGGACGGCUACGGCGGCUACGGCGGGGAAGGGUAGAGGUAGCGGUCGUGCAGCUGAUGGAAACUCGGAGUAUGAUGUUUCUGGUAUUGAAUUGGAGGAUGAGGAGGACGAUGAGCUUGAGGUGCCCGUGUUUGAGACCUGUGAUCGGGUCAGAGACAUGAUCCGGAAGCAUGUCGAGAGGCCCGGGGUCACCAAGGCCGGGUUCCUGAGGGAUGCGGCCAAGGCGGCUUUCCCUGGGGGCGACAAGACGAUCAACUCCGGUCUGCUGCACGUGUUCCUCAAGCAAGAGGGCGCCCUCGUGGGCAACACGGGCAUAGUCUUCUAUGCGGCAUAUGUCUCUUCGACAAGUUGAGGAUCAAGAAUGGGGAGCCGAAUGAUGAUUUUCGUCUGACCAUGGAGGACAUCUGGCCUUAUGGCAUCGAACGAGAGAAGCCGGUCAACGGACCCUGGAUCGUUCGGGCCGGAAGCCAGCCAUAUAUCAAUGAGUUUGGGCAAGUUCGGAUCAUGCGGAACUGUUAUCCCUAGGGGAGAUUGAUAGGAGCGCUUGCUGUGAGCAUCCGAAAGACCCAUUUGUCGGGGUAUGAUGCAGUCUUGAAGGCGUAUUUCAAAUUCCCUUAAGUAGUGUCUCAAAAAGUGUGUAUGUUAGUAAGU